AUGAACAUUGACAUUUUGACUCCGUCUAAUCGAGUUCAUUUGUCUUCUAACCAGAAAAUAUCGGCAAUUCAUUAUUUUCAUAGAAAAUUGUUCGUGGGAUUUUUUAAUGGUGACUUGAGUAUUUAUUCGACUCCCAUCGGUAAGACUGAGUAUGACAGAACAACAAGUAGAUCUUUGAAAUCGGCGAAGUCAAUUAGUGAAAUACAUGGGCUAUUUAACAAUGAUGACCAAUCUCAGAAAAUUACGUUGGACAAUACUUUCAAAAAUGCUUCCCGGGACCAAUCUGGUAUUACUAGAAUCGAAUGUCUCCAAGUGCUAGAAGGGGACAACAGGAAUAUAAUUAUAUUGGCUAGCAAUGACUCAAUCAAAGUUUUUGAGCGCGUUGGCUACCAUUUGAACUUCAUUGCGGAUCUCGAAGACACUAAGAAUUUUACUGACUUUUAUUGUUUCUGCUCACAAGAGAGAAAAUUGAUCAUAGUUGGGGUUAAGAAGAAGUUGAUAUUCUAUCUGUUGAAAAAAAAGUCACGUAACAUUAUUCAGGUAUUUAAGAUAAAAGAGUUGACAUUUAAAGAUAAAAUAAAGGCUAUAGGAUCUAGCUCAAGCCAAAAUAUGUGUUGGAUUAUCGUGGCUCUUACAAGCGAUUUUUUUGUAGUUGAUGUUGACGACGAUUUCAAUUUUGAACCUUUGGCUUACAAUGAUACAUUGUCUGGCUUUAGCCACUCAAAUUCUUUCAGCUAUUUUGGUUUGUCUUCAUCAGGCCCCAAAACCUGGAUACUUAAUGCCUCCCAGGAUAAGGUACUACUUGUGAAGGACAAUCAAGUUGCAGUUUCAAUCAGGAAAGAGAAAACAUUCUCAAUUUCAUCCGUGCCAAUAAAGUUUUCAGUGGCUCCAUUAUACAUUGCAUUUAUUUACCCAUUAUACCUUUUAGUAGUAUAUAAUAAGAAACUUGAGGUUCUUGAUGUUGACACUGGGUACUUGAUUCAAAAGUUCCAUCAUCAUUUAAAUUCUGGCCAGAUUCAAGUUACUUUUGAGAAUGAGUCGUUCUUUUUAGGUUCUGGAACUGAUAUCCUAGAGUUUAAUAUAUUGGCAUAUCAAAAACAAAUUGAUCAAUACUUGAGUAUAAGUGGAAAGGACUCCUCAUCAAAAGGAGCGAGAGAUCCUCAUAAUGACUUGAAAUAUAUAGGGCUAGAGAAAGCUAUAUCACUCGUAUCCAAAUUGAGUGCUAGUUGUUCUUUCUUUGAGGGAUCGAAUAUUGAACCAAUGAAGAAAAAGCAGUUGAUUUUGCGUGACUUAUAUAAAUCGAAGGCUUUCCUCUUGUUCGAAUCAUAUUCAAAGUUUCAUGAAUCCCUAGUUGAAAUAUGUUCUGAGUGGUUGAUUGCGUAUACUGAUGUUUUAGACUUGUUUCCAGAUUUCAUUCACUGGAAUAAUUCUCCUUCUAAGAUACAAAGUGACACUGAAAGCAUUAGCUCCAUUAAUUAUAAUAUUGUAAAGCGAAUUUCUUUAAAAGAUCUUCAGCAUUCCAAAGAGACACUAGGGGAAUCGGGAACGGAAAACGAAGCUCUUGAACGUCAGAGUCUAAAGUCUGGCAAUAUUGUAACAGGACGAGCUCAAUCAAAUCUAAUGAAGUCUCAGAAUGUCAGGAAGUUUAAAAAAGCGGUUUUCAAUUUAAUCAUAUACUUAACAGAUCAGAGAAGAAUUUUAUCUACUUUUUUAGAUGACCCCAAUUCCACUUUAGCUUGGAAGGGCCUUGAUAUUACUCCAUAUGAUAUCUAUCCACAUAUUGACUCUCACGACUUGACUCUGGAGCUUACUAAGAUUGCAGAAGACAUAGAUACGACCUUGUUUUUAUGUUAUUUUCACACCAAGCCUAUGUUGAUGGGUCCCCUUCUUAGAUUACCCAAUAAUCAUUGUAAUACGUUGAUUGUGAAUGAUUACUUGCUCUAUAACCUACAUAACCAUAAUGAGCAGGGCCCUGUUUUCAUCAAAGAGUUAUUAGACUUUUAUUAUGGUAGAGGAUUACACAAGGAUGCUUUGCAAAUGCUCUACGAGUUAAGUCACCAUAAACCUCAAGACCACGACAAUGAAUUUGAUGACUUUCUUUUGGAGCCUACUCUUACUAUCCAGUAUUUAAGAAAAUUGUCAAAUGAGCAUUUGGAUCUUAUUUUCGAGUAUUCGAAAUGGGCAAUUCAAGAAAAUCCGAAGACAAGCAUGCAAAACAGUGAGCUAAUCUUUAUGAAUGAUUCCUACGAGUGUGAAAGUUAUAAUUGUAACAAAGUAUUAAAAUAUUUCCUUCAUGAUAUCAAAAGCAACGAAAUGGCUAUUCGAUACUUGGAAUGGUUAAUUUUCGAUAGCGAAAUUAUUGAUAUAUCUGAGAAACAGCACGAAAAGUCUAGAUUUCAUACAAAGCUUUGCCUUUUAUACUUGGAAGAAUUAUUGAACGUUAGCGAAAUAUCGAAAUCUCCUUAUUAUGAGAAGCUAUGUAAGUUUCUCCAAACCACCAAUAGCUAUGAGCCUUGGACGGUUUUGAAAAAUAUACCUACUAAUGAGGAUGAGUAUCUCAGGCUUACUGUCUUUGUUUACAAAAGACUAGGAGAACAUGAGAAGGCGAUAGAUGUCUAUUUCAAUCAGCUUAACGACUUGGAUCUGGCAAUGAAAUAUUGCUCUGAGAUUUACAGGCAGCCAAACAACGAGCAUGUUGGACAACUGCUCUUGCACAAGCUCCUAGAAGAUCUCUUGACACAUUCAGAAGAAAACAUAGAUCGAAUCGAAAUUUUAUUAAAUUUACAAGGUUCCAAGAUGUCUGUCGUAAAGACUCUCGCUGCGUUGCCUAAUUCGUUUCCCCUUUCCAGUGUUGCUGGUUUCUUGACUGAGAAUUUGAGGAAAACUACAGAAACUUUACAUGAUACAAGAGCAUAUAGCCAGUUAUAUAAAGUUGGCAUGAUAAAAUUGCAAGAUGAGUUGUUGACAUCCCAGAGUAAAGGUUACUCGAUUGAGUCUGGAAGAGAGUUAUGUCCGAUAUGCAACAAAAGAUUGGGGUAUGGCAUAUUCACGGUUGAUAAAAAAGAUGACGUUGUCCACUAUGGCUGUUACCAAAGGCUUAGAGACUCUAAUAGCAUAUAA